AUGGCAGAAGACGCUUUAGCGGCUCUCCAAAAACAUUUCGAGCAGCAAUUUGGCGCAACCACUGACGUCUUGGGUCCGCUGCCGUCCCGUAAGACGGAAAGGGUCGAAGGAGACGAGGAAAAUGCUGAUGGCGUUGAAGAAGUGCCCUCAUCGCCCUCUUCGGUUUCCUCUCACACAUCGCCUCCUUCGUCGCCAGGCAUUCUGCGUGUCUCUGCCGUUGAACAAGAGCGGACGACCAUCGUACAACCUGGCAAAAAGUCCUUUCUGAAAAAAAUGCCCAAGCUGCUUGUGGAAGAGGAGCUUGUGAGCGAACGCAAACGGAAGCUCAGCGCGGCUGCUGAGGGUUCAGCCCAAGAGGUGGAGCAGGAUUCGCUGGAGGCAGAAAACCUGAAGAACGACGUUGCGUUGCAGAAGCUCUUGCGUGAAUCCCACCUGCUGCAUGAGGCUGCUUCGCGUUCAGGAACAGUGUCACUCGAAGCUCAAGGCAAGGCACGACACAAAGCGACCAUGCAGCAUAUAGCCAUGCUCGGAGGUCAGACCAAGGAUCAAAAAAUGCCCAUGGCUGCUCGUAAGGGUAUGCACGCCAAGCGUCAGCGCAUCAAGAAACUCGUUGCCGCUGAGGCCCGUGAGAGUGGCACCGUCCUUGCACGCGAGAAAAAGUCGAAGCCUUCUAAACGGCUCCAAGGCUUCCAGCCCAAGUCCUUUACACCUGGUAAGAUGCGUGGUGGAACCCUUCGUAUUCCGAAGCAUAUGCUCCCGAAGGAUUAG